AUUCCAGAAAGAACUUCAGUGCCUUUUAAUGUAACAUCAGAUGUUUUCUCAUUAACAGAAAAAUUUGUCUCUGCAGAAAAAAGUGAUUCUGACAAAUUAGGUAAAACAAAUAAACUGCCUGAUCAUUGGUCAGUUUUACCAAAGUCAUUUGUUAACAUUUCAGUGGCAUAUCCUGAAAUGCAUGGUAUAUCCAACAUGAAAAUGAGUAAAAAUAAUAAUACAGAGUCCCCAUUUCCUAUUUCGCAAGUUUAUUCCAGUGAAUUGCAAUCAGUUGUUUCACCAUGUGAAAAUGAUCAUUUAAAAGUCAAAACAAGAAACAGUUUAUCUGAAACCAAAGUAAAUUCCUAUUCCCAUGAAUGCUCUAAAUCUAAUUUUGACAGUGUUUCUUUAUCUCGCUACGCUAAUAGGAAAAAGAAGACAGGUACUUUAAAUUCCUUUAAUCAUGGAGCUGCCCCUUCUGCAUUACAAAUUUCAGCUUCAUCUAUAUUACACAAUGAAGAAUUUAAUGAAUCUGUGGAUUUGCAUGCAUAUGAGAGUUCAAAUAUUUUGUCUCCAGAAUUACAUCACUUGCAUUAUAAUCAUUUUAAUACUUCAGGAAAUGCUAAUCUGAAACUUGAAAGAAGGGAAGGUGUAGGACAGUGUCAAUCAAUUCAAGCAUCUAGACCAGAUGAGCAGAAUAUGAAUGUAUCUGGCUCAGUUUCUAGUUCCUUUUCUACUUCAGUAGAAUGUACAAUUCCUAAGGAUACACAAUAUGGUAAAUUUUCAGCUUCAGCACAACAUUCUUCAGAUUUAUUUGAAAGAACUAGGAAGGAGACAUCUAAGCCUGUUUUUGAUGUUGAAGAUAAAAGCAGUUCUAUUUCCAAUCAGUGUGUCAAGUGCCAUGCUGUUCAAUUUUUAAAAAAUCUUAAUGAUUCUGUUACUGGGGAUAAUAUGAAUCUACAGGAAGCAUUAAAAAAGGUUCCCAUCUCUAUGGAAAGGGAUGAUACGCAUUACAUUAAUCAGGAUUUAAAUGCUUGUAUUGGGAAUCUUAAAAGCCAAUCCUCAUCAAUAUUUGAACAUUCUAAAGCUUUUUCAGAAAAUGGCGGAAGUGAUAUGCAUGUUAAUGUUAUAUCCAGCGUUCAAAAGUCUGUAACUUUGGCCGAAUCAGAGCUAAAAGAAUUUCCCGAACCUGAUUUAGAAACUCAAAAUUAUAUUCAGUCUCCUGUAGCAAAAUCCCUUUUUGAGAAAACAUUUGAUAAUAAAAUCAUGCUGCAUGAGCAAAAACGUAAAGGUAGUUCUAUGACAAAAGAUGGUGCGAGAGCAGAAACUAAUCCUGAUGGAGAUAAAGUAUCAAGUUCUUUUCUUAUGAAUAGUUCAUUAAACAACAAAAUUCAAGACCAAGGUAAUAGUUUUCAAGAGUUGUCAUCACUUUCAAGAAUUUCAUCAGUCAAAUCUACCUGUCAGCCAGUUGAAUCAAAAUCAGCUGUACAAGGGAAUUCAUAUGUGUCACAAAACGUAUUACAAACUAAGCAGUUUUCAAGUAGAGGAUGCAGUACAAGUGAUCUUAUGGCUUUAUAUCAAAAACAUCUAACUGGCUAUCAGGGUAAUUCCUCUAGAUCAGAAGAUGGUUUUAUUAAUAAAACUGAAAAAAUAAAAUUCGUAGAUAAGGAACUACAAACAAUGGAAUGCUAUCCAUGUUAUCAAAAGGUUUCAAAUCAAGCAAAUUUGCCAUCUUCUAUUAAUAGCAAGACAUGCAUGUCUGUUGGCUGUCAGGUUUCUGAAUUCGAUUUCCAGCCACCCCAAAGAACAACAGAUUCUGAAAUUGGAAGUUCCUACAGCUUUGACAUGGUGAAAUUUAAAGACUUUUUGAAUAGAACACUUGCUCAAAGACUUCCUUAUGGAAAACAAAAAAGUAAUAAAUCUGGCAUAACAUUUUGCCUUUCAUCGUUGUGCCUUUGUCAUAAUAAGAAAACUCUUGGGGAAGAUCUUUUCAUGAAUAAGCCUUCAUUUGUAGCAAGAUCUGUAAAGAGGCAGCAAGAAAUUAAAAACAGAAAUAAAACCUUGUGCGCUCAAAAUUCUUCUCCAGUUACAUUUGAUAUCCCAGUUAUUGUGCAUGAACAGCGUUCAAAAUCUGAAAUGAAGAAAACUACCAAAUGUCUUUUGCAUCAAAAAUGUUUUGCCACUAAAGAAUGUAAAGUGCACAUUCAGAAAAAAUAUGUAUCACCUUUUGAAAUAUUUAAGCAGCAGCAAAAGGCCCUUGUGAAAAAAAAUAUGCUGUGCAAAUGUAAUAGAAUGAUGGCUAAAUUAUACUCUGAGAGAUUGAAGGAGGCUGCAUUAAAAGGCAAAUUAGAUCAUGCUUUGAAUGAACAGCUACUUUCGCCUUAAAAGUUUGCUAAGGAAUUAUCUGUGAUAUGUAAAAUAUGUCUUGUAUGUUCUACAGUAUGUAGACUGUAAAAAAACUGCCUUCAUUGAAGAUGUUUUAUAGUAUUUUCUAUUUGUAAUGUUUGCCAUUAAAAAUUGUUUCUAGUCUCUUUUGA